AUGGCAUUGCCAGCUAGCAGGUUUCAGGCUGCGUUGAGGCUCGCCGGCAGGAGCUGGACACGGCCAUGUCUGGCUCCACUACGAACAGGAGCAUCAUGGCGGGCGUUUUCUGCGAGCUCGAGAUGGCAAUUGCAUACAAAGGAGAUGCACGAAGAGCUACUCUCUAGCUUGAAGGUCAAUCAGAGCAGGCUAAUGGAGGACAUACACUAUACAUGUCAAUGGGGCACGGGUCAGAAGUGGGGAAAGGAAGAGACAGAAACCGGCAUGUCACGACUAGCUCUCUCAGACGCCGACAAAGAAGCCCGAGACUGGUUCGUCCAGACCACGAAGGCAUUGGGCUGCCAUACAACGGUGGAUUCUAUGGGCAACAUCUUCGCCAUCCGGCCUGGUAUUCGGAACGAUGGGCCCCCAACCUUCGUGGGGUCGCAUCUGGACACGCAGCCGAGCGGAGGUAGAUACGAUGGCAUCCUAGGCGUCGCAGCUGGUGUGGAGAUGCUGAAGGUGCUGGCGGACAAUUGGGUUGAGACCGAAUAUCCUGUUGGAGUGGUAAAUUGGACAAAUGAGGAAGGUGCCCGCUUUCCCAUCUCCAUAGUUUCCUCGGGUGUAUGGGCUGGCGCAAUUCCCCAGGAGACAGCCCACAACCUCCGCGAAGUUCAUCCUGGUACCGCGACCAUGGCUUCAGAGCUUGCAAGAAUUGGCUACUUGGGUGAGACCCCAGCCAGUUUCAACAACAUGCCUAUGGCUGCACACUUUGAGCUGCACAUCGAGCAAGGACCUCUUCUUGAGAUGGCAAAUAAGAAGAUUGGAGUGGUGAAGGGCGUGCAAGCCUACAAGUGGCUCACGGUCAAUGUCAAAGGACGGGAUACCCACACAGGGACCACCGACCUGAAGAGUCGUGCUGAUGCUCUUCUUGCAGCCUCGAAAAUGGUCAUCCAUUCACACCGUCUUGCUACCGCCAAUGGGUGUCUAGCCAGCACCGGCAUCCUCAACCUCAAGCCAGGCAGCACAAACACCGUUCCAGGAGAAGUAUCCUUUAGUCUUGACAUCCGCGCACAGAAAGACCACACAGUAGCAAGAAUGCUCCAGCACAUCGAAAACGACUUUCCUAAGAUCGCCGCCGGCGAAGACAUUCUUAACUCCAACCAAGAUUGCACCAAGGGCCUUCCAUGCUCUAUCACCAUCAACCAAGACUUCGACUCCCCAGCCACACUAUUCCAUCCAGACUGCAUUGAAGCUGUUAGCAGAGCCGCCCAUAGCGUCCUCGGAGAGAACUCGAAGAAUCUACUUCUGGAGAUGACGAGCGGUGCCGGACAUGAUUCCGUAUAUACCAGCAAGCGAUGUCCAACCAGCAUGAUAUUCGUGCCUUGCAGAGAGGGAGUCAGCCAUAACCCCGCUGAGUACUGCAAGCCGGAGGAUUGCACUCUAGGAGCGCAAGUGUUACUUCAGAGUGUGCUGAGGUUUGAUCGGAUGAGGGAUGAGAGAAGGGUGACCUGGAAACAGGAGCCCUAUACACUGUAG